AUGGAAGAGAAACCAGCAAAGUUACUGAUACUAUAUGCUACUCAAACAGGAAAUGCUUUGGAUGCGGCGGAGCGUAUUGGCCGCGAAGCCGAGCGUCGAGGUUGCACCACCUCUGUUUGCUCAAUCGAUGAUUUUGAUGCUAGUUCUUUACCUCAUGAGGACACUGUGAUUUUUGUUGUUUCUACUACAGGUCAAGGAGAUACACCAGAUUCCAUGAAGGCGUUUUGGAAGUUUCUUCUACGGAGAAAUAUUUCUAAGAAUUUGCUGGAAGGAGUUCAUUAUGCUGUUUUCGGAUUGGGAGAUUCUGGCUACCAGAAAUAUAAUUUUGUGGCAAAGAAGCUUGAUAGGAGACUUUCAGAUCUUGGGGCAGCAGCUGUUGUUGAAAGAGGUUUAGGGGACGAUCAGCAUCCUUCAGGAUAUGAAGGUGCUUUGGAUCCUUGGAUGUCAUCCUUGUGGAACAUGUUGUAUCAGAUUAAUCCUAAAUUCUUCCCAAAUGGUCCAGAUUUUGUGAUUCCAGAUACAACAUUCAUUGAUCAACCUAAAUUUCAAAUAACAUAUCAUGAAGCCUGUAAGGAAGACUCACAAUCAUCUACUGCUUCAGGUCUUGCAUGUGUGCAGAUGCAAAUUGGUAGAGCUCGCUCAAUGUCGCCUGGAAAAUUUUCUCAUGACAAGAAUAUUCCUGACUGCUUUCUUAAAAUGAUCAAGAAUCAGCCAUUGAGUAGAGCAGGCUGUGGAAAAGAUGUGCGCCAUUUUGAAUUUGAGUUUGUUUCAUCUAAAAUUGAAUAUGGAGUUGGUGAUGUCCUUGAAGUUCUUCCGGGUCAAGAUUCUGCUGCUGUGGAUGCUUUCAUACAGCGUUGUAAUUUGGACCCUGAAUCUUUCAUCAUUAUACUUGCUAUCCUUGUGAAAGUGGUCGUAAUCAUAUUAUGUUUGCUUAGUGAACAUAAAACAUUUGUGGCUUGUAGGCAUAGUAGAGUUACUAAGCUGCUGGGGAACAGUUUGAACUCAAGUAAUUCAUUCCCUGAUUCACUGGAUUUUAGAGGUACUACACCAAUGGCUUACCUUUGGCACCUUGCUUCAUCCUGCAAUGUAGACAAAAUCUUAGCUCUCACAGCCACAUAUUCAACUGGUAAUCUGCUAGGUGUUUUUCAUGUGUGCGACUAUGUGCAUCCUAGAGGGAUGGAGAGUCACCAUUUUGAUGCUGAAAGCAAUGACUCAAGGGUCCCUCUAAAAUUGAAAACUUUUGUGGAAUUGACAAUGGAUGUUGCAUCAGCUUCUCCUAGACGCUAUUUCUUUGAGGCAAGAAUCCUGUAUGUUAUGAGCUUUUUUGCAACAGCUGAACAUGAAAAGGAGAGGCUUCAAUAUUUUGCCUCACCUGAAGGAAGAGAUGAUCUAUAUGAAUACAACCAGAAGGAACGAAGAACUGUUAUGGAGGUAUUAGAGGAUUUCCCUUCUGUGCAAAUGCCAUUUGAGUGGCUGGUGCAGUUAGUUCCUCCAUUGAAAACAAGGGCUUUCUCCAUUUCUUCUUCCCCUUCUGCUCACCCCAAUGAAGUGCACUUGACUGUGAAUGUAGUUUUGUGGACAACUCCUUUUAAGAGGAAACGAACUGGUCUCUGCUCAAAGUGGCUGGCUGGACUUGAGCGGCAAGAAGGUGUAUAUAUUCCUGCAUGGUUUCACAAAGGUUCCCUUCCUCCACCACCACCAUCAGUUCCACUUGUACUUGUUGGGCCUGGGACAGGCUGUGCCCCUUUUCGUGGAUUUGUUGAGGAAAGAGCCAUGCAAGAUGUGUCUUGCUCAGCUGCUCCUAUUAUGAUGUUCUUUGGUUGUCGAAAUGAGGCGAAUGACUUUCUGUACAGAGAUUUUUGGUUGUCUCAUGCUCAAAAUGGUGGACUACUUUCCAUAGCAAGGGGUGGAGGGUUUUAUGUAGCCUUCUCAAGAGAUCAACCACAAAAAGUUUAUGUGCAGCAUAAGAUGCGGGAACAGAGCCAGACGGUUUGGGAUUUGCUAUUGGAGGGGGCUUCCAUUUAUGUUGCAGGUUCUUCAACCAAAAUGCCUUCGGAUGUAAUGUCAGCCUUGGAGGAAAUUAUAUCCAAAGAGGCUGGAGUUCCAAGGGAAACUGCUGUCUCGCAGCUUAGGAGAUUGGAAAAGGAUGGUAGAUACCAUGUUGAAGCAUGGUCUUGA